AUGUCCGGCUUUCAGAUCCCCGGUCUCGGGCAGGCCAAGCCCAACGAAUCCUUACCGCCGGUUCCCGCCGAUACCGCCAUCGCUGCCGUCGCCAGCGCCGGACCAGAGGAGCACAUGCCCGACGCCGAAUCUUCGACCGCGCAGCCUACAGCACUAGCCACCGAGGCUGCGCCGAGCUCUUCGCAUGGCGAUGGCAAGCCCACCGAGUUGCAAGAUGCAACCGAAACCCAUACUGCGACUGAAGACUCGAUGGUGGUUGACAGGGCGGAGAGCCCGUCAUUGACAUCAGCCCUGGAGGCAGCCAUUGGCGGACUCGGCGAGACAGCGACCGAAACGACUGAAGCGACCGAAGUGAUCGCAACGACCACAGCAGAACCGCAGCCACCGUUGCAGGAACCAGCAGGCACCGUCGAGCUGCAAAAUGAUCACGGUGACAACCCGGAAUGGGAGAUCGACUCCUCGCCAUACGAGUCCUCCACCGAUUCAAGCAGUUCCGACUCCUCCGACCAGGACUCCGACAACGAGGGCUACGAACUUCUCGGUGUCGAGGAAACUGCACGCCUGCUCAUGGACGCGGAGGCUGGUGGUUCUGACGACGAGGGCGAACGCGGAGGCCGUUCCGGAAAUGGCAGCCAGCUGCGCACGAAGAACGAGCUCGCGGAAGAGGCAAUCCCGCGGCCCGAUGUCACCAUCACCGUGGACAUGAAGAUUGAGGAGCUCGGUUCGGUGGAGCAUAUUGUCGAAAACGUCAUGCUCAUCAAGGCCUUCACUCCGGGCGAGUAUCAAGUCCUCGACACAGGCUCCGUGCUCUGCAACGCGGACCGCGUCGUGAUUGGCGCCGUCGCCGAAACGAUUGGCAAGGUUCUUCAGCCCAUGUAUACGGUUCGCUUUAACUCGGAGGACGAGAUCAAGGAGCUAGGCGUCGAGCUGGGCACCAAGAUCUUCUAUCCUGUCGACCACGCGUCCUUCGUCUUCACCGAGCCACUCAAGAACAUGAAGGGCUCGGACGCGAGCAAUAUCCACGACGAGGAGGUCGGCGACGACGAGAUGGAAUUCUCCGAUGACGAGAAGGAGGCCGAAUACAAGCGCUCUCUCAAGCAGAAGAAGAACAAGAACAAGGCUGGCGCCGCCGGCGACGGCGGUGGGCGUGGUGGUGGUCACCGGGGGGCUCAUCCUCUGCGGCAAGAGGUCAGCGCGUCAUCCGACACGCUCAACUACGACGAUGACGAUGGGCCGUACAAGCCGUUGACACGCCCACCCGGCUUCGGUGCAGGGGGUCCCUCGAGCGAGCCGGUCGAGCUGCCGCCCCGGUCCGGCUUCCAUCGCGGCGGCCGGCGCGGCGAGCACCGCGGCAGAGGUGGCAGGGGGCGAGGCGGGUUCGGGCGCGGCGGACGCGGCGGCGACAAUAACCCGCCGAGGGAUGGCUACUCUCAGGCUCCUCACGGAUACGGGCAGUAUCCCCAACAUGCGCAGCAACCACAGCAACAACCACAGCAACAACCCGCAUGGGCAGGCCCAUCCCAUCCUGCUCCUCAGUCGCAAGCUCCGGCGCCGUCCAUGCCUGCCUUUGGCUUCCAGUUUCCCGGCUGGCCGCAGCCCCAAGGGCAGCAAGGGGUUCCGUCCUCUGGCCCACUGCCGCCUCCGCCUCCACCGCCAGGCUGGCCUGGUCAAGGGAAGCAGCAGCAGCAGCAGCAGCCUGGCGGUGGCGCAUUCGUCAACCCAGCUCUGCUCGCGGCGUUGAUGAGCCAGAUGCAGGCGCAAAGCGGAGGCCAGCAAUGGGGCGGGCAACAGCAGCAUCCGCCUCCGUCAUGA